CUUCCUUCGUGCACGUUCUACCUGCGCCGGUACGCGUACAAUUCUAGUCUCUAUUAGUACUGACCGUAAGACUUUCACCAUGGUUAUGUGACUCACCUAGGUAAAAUUGUACUGUUACGUAGUAUCAAGAAGAUAUCCGCCAAAUACCACCACACCUGUGCGCCACAGUGAUUUUUUUAAUAGUAAAAUGUGAUUUAUUUCGGCUCCUUAAAUUUUAUAUACGAUGAGGAGAUCAGUGAUUUUUUUAUCGGUCGGAAUUUUAUUUGGUGCAACUGGUUUGGUUGAAUCAGCUACCAGUUAUGGAUUGACAGUAGAAGGGGUGAAAUGCGGACAAAAGACGUGCAAACUUACGGAAUAUUGCUCGAGUUUUCAUACCACUUGUGAGAGUUGUGCUGAUAUUUGCGAUGCGAAUGAUAAUGCCGAAUGUGAAAAGUUAUGUCAAGAUUAUCUGCAUGAUCUUCGAUACGUAAGAAAAGACGAUUCUGGUGAAAAUGGUGACUUAAGAGGUACAGUGAAAAAUCUUUCCCGCAUGGUAACAGUAACACUAAGCUUAGUGAUUUUUAUGCUGCUAGUCCUGGCGUGUCUUCUAUCCUUCCAAUUAUACAGGUGGAAAGUGAAAAAGAACAUAACCCUUGCAGGCAUAAAGAAUAAACUUUUUAAAAAAAACAGUCCGGCCACAAAUCCAGACCCAAAUGAUAAUAAACGAAGAGAUUUACGACUAGAAAUGCCCUCCCCGACGGUCAACUCGGAACACAGUCCAGUCACAGUCUCAACUUCUAUUGGUAGGCGACCAGCUGAGGAUAGUACAUUAGAUUAUGCCUACGAUAAUCCAGCCAUGUCGAAGACUCCUAACAGUUCACGCUGAGAUUAUAUCUUUACUCUUCCCGGGUGAUUGGAGGUUAUUUUAGUGAAGAAAAGAGUUGAUAAUAGACUUUUAUUAGACAAGGAGAUUUCGUUAAGUUUUUUUAAGGUAGUGUAAGAGAUGCCGUAAGAGACCACGUUCUUAAAGUCCUAUUAUGUUUGUGAACCUGAUCAAAUGAACUAUGUAUAAAGAAACAGAUGCUUAGAGUAACUUAAGGGACAUUCCAGGCAUUACACAAGUUAUCCUCCUUGGCUCCUUAAGUAAAGACUUAACGUAUUAUAUUUUCUAUCUACUUUAACAUACCUUACUAUCCAACAGAUCAUAUUAGAAGUCAAACGAAGAGGGUACUGCCUGAGACUAUAUUCUAAAUUCUCCAAAAUGAAAGCUAGAAUACAUUAUUAAAAAUUUUAAAUAAUGAACUAGAUUUGUGGAAAAAUGAUCUAUUAAUCUAUGAAGAGACUUAAAGAAAAAUGAGAAGUCAAGAGAGAUUUAAAGUUCUAUGCCUGAAUUAAAUAAGUUAGAGCAACCUAAAAGACCUUUCCAGGGAAAUUAGAAUACUGAAUAACCUGGAAAGAUGGUUGUAUGAUAAAUUUUAGAGAUAGUGCCAGCAGCAGAUCAAGUAGAACGUACUUCUAAACAUGACUUAUUGAAUCUUAUUAUUCUUAAAAUUACUUAAAAUGAAAAAACUUGAGAUUUCUCUUAUCGUACGUACUAUUAAAAAUUAAAUUAAUUAUUGAGCUGUGAGGACUAAAUAAUACUAUUUUUUUAUCAAAAACAAUAAUUUCGAACUAAAAAAGUACUAUUAUGAACUCUUUUCACCAUAUCUGUAUUUUGAGAUUGAAUUCCAAUUAGUGUGUGUGUAUCUAACGUUCUCCGUCCUAUGUAAUUCCUUCUAUUUACAUCACAUUAUCCAUAUUAGUAAACAUCACGUUUUCAUCAUAUUAAUAAAUAAAGUUACAUUCAUAUUUCAAAACUGGCCGGGUAAACUCGUUAAAAAUUUCAAAGUUUGUUUUUCCAUUUUACCUGAACUCUUUUAACAUGCAGAUUAUUAAAGUGCCCUCUGCAGUUUUAAUUUAAAAAAAACGGCGAUUUUUAAAAUAUGGACAUUACAUUUUUUUCUUGUUUAUUUUAGGUUGUGCAAUUUAGUUAUUUAUUGCGGCGAGCAGUACUUAAAUGUGUCGUACUUACUUAAAGGUUUAAGAAGCAAUAAUGUGUACUUUAUUGUGAUUAUUAAUGAUAGUAUAAAAAAAUGUACUUAAAUGUUAUGUAAUAAAUUUUUUGUUAUUAUUAAA